ACCUGCUCGCUGUCCCCACCACCGUGUGUGUGUGUGUGCGUGUGCGUGUGAGAGCGCUGGCAGGCGUGCCGUUGGCUGUCCUGUGUACGGGGAACUGGCUGAACUCAUCCGUCAGCAUGAGCUUGGGCUUGUGGUUGCCAUGCUUGUCCUCUGAAAAGGUGCAUGAUUCGAUAGUGACAGUUGUGCUUCAAGAUGAGUGUCGAAGUCGUGCGGAGUCCAUUGCCUCUGAGCAGCACACAGCAUCGCCGGGUGGGAAAACGCGAGGAACGGUUGUUCCCUGCUGUGGUUCUCCCGCCUUGGUCACGGUGCUCCAGUCAGCAAGGGUUGCUCUUUUCCUCACUGAAGCUCUGAAAAGUCUUUGGUGUGUGUUGCUCUGUGAAGCGAGUGGCCUUUUCAGAGCACUGCUGUGCCUUUUGACACUCUGAGCCAUAGAGAAUGUUCCUCUCUACCUGUGGCUGACACUGCGCUACCUGCACUGACACAUUUGAGCAGAUUCCCUGAUUACUAGAGAUGUCCCUUCUCAGUUUAAGCGUGGGCCCCAAAAGCAGGUCCCUAGACUAGGCCUGGGGCCCUUGGGUGACAGAGUCCACAACACCAGGCAACUGUGCCCUGCCCUACAUUUCUCGGGUAAGAAGGGAGCCUUCGGCUCGAACUAAGGUACCCUGUUCUUUUCUUUCGUAGAGCACGAAAGGGUUCUCAAGACCAGCCUUGGGUGUUGUUUUCUCUUUAGGGUUAGAAGUGUCUCCAAGAGCAAACUAGGUGGCCUUGUUCUAUAGGAUUAAAGUAGGGUACCGUGUUUUUCUGUAAGGUAAGCAGGGGACCCCGAGGCCAGGAUGGAAAAUUCCUCAAGUGCAGUCGGUGGAGGUAACAAAGAGUCCCUGGUUACGGUGGCGGUGGAACCUGCCUCCUAGGCGCAAUAGGAAGCAGCCCCUGGUACCAGCCUAGGACACGAACCAGGCGCUGAGGCUUUGUCUGGGCAGCGUGGCCGAGGGGGUGGAGUACGGUGCCGUGUCGGCCCUCAGCAUCAACCACGACUGCACUCGUCUGCUCUGCGGCUUUGCCAAAGGACAGAUCACCAUGUGGGACCUGGCCAAUGGCAAGCUGCUCAGGACCAUCACGGAUGCCCACCCCCCUGGAACAGCCAUUUUACACGUGAAGUUCACGGACGACCCGACCCUUGCAGUGUGUAACGACAGCGGGGGCUCCGUCUUUGAGCUGACCUUCAGGCGGGUCAUGGGUCUGCGCAGCUGCGACUCGCGCUGCCUCUUCAGUGGCUCUAAAGGUGAAGUUUGCUGUGUGGAACCUCUGCACGCCAGCACCCAGCUUCGAGAUCACCCCAUUACCCAGCAUGCACUGCUGGCCAUGGCCUCCCUCACUAAGAUUUUAGUCAUUGGACUGAAACCAUCCCUAAAAGUAUGGAUGACCUUUCCGUACGGCAAGAGUGACCCAGCGAGUGUCCCGCAGCUUGCCUGGCAAUUUGUAGUGGCUCACAAGAUGGUCAACCCCAUGCUCGCAUUCUGCAGAGGAGACACUGUUCACUUCCUGCUGGUGAAGAAGGAUGAGUCGGGUGUCAUACAUGUCAUCAAACAGAGACAGCUGCACCUGAACUGCGACCUCAUCAGCUUGACCUGGAUCAACUCGCGCACCCUGCUUCUGCUGGACAGCAGCGAGCGGCUCCAUGUUCUCGACCGGCCCAGUCAGGAGGAGCUCGAGACCGUGGACUUGUCCGAAGUGCAGCUCGUGUACAACAGCAGCCACUUCAAGUCUCUGGCCACCGGGGGCAACGUGAGUCAGGCACUGGCGCUGGUUGGGGAGAAGGCCUGCUACCAGUCGGUGUGCUGUUACAGCGGCCAGGUGGUGUUUUUGGGAACGAAGUCUGUGCACAUGAUGACCCUGAGGAACUGGCGAGAGAGGGUGGAGCACCUGCUGAAGCAGGAGAAGUUUGUGGAGGCGCUCUCGCUCGCCUGGUCUUUCCACGAAGGAACCGCCAAGGCCGUCGUGGGGUUAUAUGGUGAUCCUGCCAAGAGGAAGAGUGUGGUUGCUGACAAGAUGGUGGAGAUUCUCCUCCUGUACGCCGAUCGCUCUCUGAAGAAGUGUCCUGAGCAGGGCAGGAUCCAGGUGAUGGAGCAGCACUUCCAGGACAUGGUGCCGAUCAUGGUGGAUUACUGUCUGCUGCUGCACCGGACGGACCUUCUCUUCGGCCAAAUCUACAGUCGGCUGGUGGAGAACUCGGUGGCCAAGGGAGUCUUCCUGGAGAGCCUCGAACCCUACAUCCUGAGCGAGCGCAUCGGCUGCUUGACGGCGCCCAUCAUGCGUGACCUCCUCAGCCAUUUCCAGGAGAACGGCAUGAUGGACAGUGUGGAGAACUGCCUAGUCCACAUGGACAUCACGAGCCUGGACAUCCAGCAGGUGGUGCAGAUGUGCUGGGAGCACCAGUUGUACGACGCCAUGAUCUAUGUCUUCAACAGUGGCAUGAAUGACUACAUCAGCCCCAUGGAGAAACUCUUCCAAGUGAUAGGGCCCCCCCUACGCGAGGGGAGACCUCUGACAGAUGAACAAGUGGUCAUGGGAAACAAGCUGCUCGUCUACAUCAGCUGCUCGCUGGCCGGACGAGCAUACCCUCUGGGCGACAUUCCGGAAGACUUGGUUCCUUUGGUGAAAAACCAGGUGUUUGAGUUCCUCAUCCGCCUGCACACACCAGAGGCCCCUGAGGAGGAGGAGGUUUACCCCUACAUACACACACUGCUGCACUUUGACACACGCGAGUUCCUUAAUGUCCUCGCUCUGACAUUUGAGGACUUUAAAAAUGACAAACAAGCACUGGAGUACCAGCAGCGCAUCGUGGACAUUCUGCUCAAGGUGAUGGUGGAGACCUCGGACUUCACCCCCUCCCAAGUCGGCUGUCUUUUCACCUUCCUGGCGAGGCAGCUGGCCAAGCCGGACAACACGCUCUUUGUCAACAGGAAGCUCUUUGACCAGGUCUUGGAGUUCCUCUGCAGUCCUGAUGACGACUCCAGACACACAGAACGACAGCAGGUACUGCUGGAGCUGCUCCAGGUGGGGGGUGUCAUCCAGUUUGAUGAGGGGCGGCUGCUCAGUCUGGCGGAGAAGGCAGAGUUCUACCAGAUCUGUGAGUUUGUGUAUGAGAAGAAGCACCUGUAUGAUAAGAUCUUCUUCUGCUACCUGAAGGACCCCAUGAGGAGGGAGGAGAUCUUUAACUAUGUGCACAACAUGCUGUCCAUGCCGGGCUACAGGCCACAGGAGCGGCACUCAGUGAGGGAAAAGGCCCUGGAGCACAUCCAAGAGCUGGUGGCCAUCGAUCCAGCCAAAGCAGCUGACCUGAUGGCCUUGCACUUUGCCCAGGAAGUGGAGCCCAUCGUUAGCAAGCUAGGGGACGACCACCUGCUCUUCCAAUUCCUGGAGCGUCUCCUGGAGUUCAGUGAGGCCACUCGUCCCCAGGUGUCCCUGCGGCUCGGCCCCGGGGUCCACGAGUGCCACGUGGACCUGCUGUGUCGCUUCAGCCCCCAGAAGGUGAUCGACUUCCUGAAGGCCUCCAAGGACUACCGUCUGGAGGAGGCAGUGCAGAUCACCAGGCAGCACGCUCUUCAUGCGGCAACCGCCUACCUGCUGGAGAGGAAGGGCGAUGUCCUGGGGGCGUUCCAGGUGCUGCUGCAGAUGUUGCAGGACCAGCUGGCUGUGCUGUCAGAGGAGAGUGAAGGUGACCCCCAGAAGGAGGGCCGCCUGCAGCGGGUGGAGGAGGUCCUGCAGGAAGUCAUCGCUCUGUGCCACAGAAGCUCUCAGGGCCUUGACCAGCAGCAGAGGGAGGCGCUGUGGUUUCCCCUCCUCGAGGCCAUGAUGUCACCACAGAAACUUCUCAGGAGCACAUCUUCUCACCACAUCUCUACAGCUCUCAAGGAGCUCACCAUGCAGGUGCUUAACAGCAUGAGCAGCUUCAUCUCCCUGCCUGCCAUCGUCCAGCGCAUCCUGCAGGACCCCGUGUACGGGAAGGGCAAGCUGGCUGAGAUCCAGGGGCUCAUCCUUGGCAUGUUGGAGACCUUCACUUAUGAGCAGACCCUGCUGGAGACCACGACCAACCUGCUGAACCAGGACCUGCACUGGUCGCUCUCGCACCUGCGCUCUGCGGUCAGCCGCGCUCUGCACCCCCGCUUUGACCACUGCAACAUCUGUCUACAGCAGUACAAGCGGCGGCAGGAGGGUGCCGACGAGAUCGUCGUCUUCAGUUGCGGUCACCUCUACCACUGCCAGUGUCUGCAGAGCAAGUGCUGCACACAGCUCGAGUGGACGCUCGCCUGGAGCUGCUACAAGUGCACGUCGAGUCAGGGGAGGCGUGGCGCCGGCCCAGGACGGGCGUGCGACGAGGAGCCGGGCCGGGGGCGCAGCUCUUCUCUGGCGCAGAUGAAGGUUCGAUCAUCACCACACGGUGCAGUGGAGGAGAACAGCAAGAAGCUGCACCCUGAUGCAGAGCUGGACGCCCAGCAGAGACAGUCUUGGGACCAGCUGCGCUGCAUGUACCGUGGUCCAUCCAGGCUCACCAUCCUGGCAGAGCUCUCCCGUUCCCAUGGCAACGAGAAAGCUGGCCAGCUUCACCCAGCCCCAGCCAGGUCGACCAGCAUCUUUCACAGCGAGAACUUCCAGCUGCGGCUGUCACCCCCACCACUAGUGGAGGAAUAGGCCCCUCCCCCAUACCAGUUCAAUAAAAUUGUCCCU